CGCCAGAGUGAGUCGGAGCCGAGUGAGUGAGGAGGUCGGAUAAUCAGGGCGCUGAAGCCAGGAGGCCGGGCGGAGAGCGAGGGGGCAGCAGUCAGCGUGAGGAGACCGGUCGGAGAACGAGGGUGGGGGGGGGUAGAAGCGAGGAGGCCGGGCGGAGAACGAGGAGGUAGAAGCGGCUCGGGAUACGGGCGACUGACCGGACGGGUUGAGGGAGAGGUCGGGCGAGUAUACAAGUAUGGCUCAAGAAACUAAUCAAACUCAAGUGCCUAUGUUGUGCACUACUGGAUGUGGCUUUUAUGGGAAUCCUAGAACAAAUGGAAUGUGUUCAGUAUGCUAUAAGGAACACAUACAAAGACAACAAAAUGGUGGUCGAAUGAGUCCUAUAGGUGCAUCAAGUACUUCCAACAACUCAGACUUUACUCAGGUGCAGAGAACAGAAAGCUUUAAAUCAGAAGGUGCCUCCCUCAAUACUACUAUCAAAUCAAGAAAUGUGUCUGGUUCAGCCUUGCCUGUGACACAACAGAUGACUGAAAUGAGUAUUUCCCGAGAGGAGAAAGAAACAGAAAUUGAGGUAACAGAACCAGUUGUAGCUGAAGCAUCUGUACCUGGUACUAUGUCAGGUGGAGAGGAAAAGCCUGUAGAUGUUCCUCGACCAAAGAAAAACAGAUGUUUCCAGUGCAGGAAAAAAGUUGGUCUUACAGCAGGUUUUGACUGUCGAUGUGGGAACUUGUUUUGUGGACUUCACCGGUACUCAGAUAAACACAAUUGUCCUUAUGACUACAAAGCAGAAGCAGCAAUGAAGAUCAGGAAAGAGAAUCCUAUUAUUGUAGCUGAGAAAAUUCAGAGGAUUUAAAUGGCCAAAUGAAGAAGCCAGUAAUCUGCUAUCAAAGACUGCAUUUAUUCCUUGUCUUUUGUUUUGGGAUCCUUCAUAGAGCAGAUGCAUGGGCUGAAUCCUUGUCUGUUCUUCAAGUUUGUGCUUUAACCAUAGUUUCUCCUAAUUAUAAGUGGCUGGACGUUAUCAGAUGCAAUUAGCACACAGCACUACAUUAAUCAAGGGAAACCAUUGGCCUGUAAAAUGGAAAUUCCUAACAGUGGUUUAUGUGCCAAGUGAACUUGAUGACCUGCUGUAGUGCUUAAUUCAGUAAAGUGACCAACCAAAAACCUGUCAACCUGUGUUUCUAGUGCCUAAGCAGAUUUUUGUCUUGGCUUUCUGAUGCUCUCAAGUUAAGAGGAUGUAAAGAAAUAGUAGAAUACUGAAUACUUUUAAGGUUAAGUGACAUUUUUCCCCAAGGAUUCUAGGAGUAUACUUGGACCCAGUUUUAUAGGUUAAUUUUGACUCUUGUUGGGGAUAUUCAGGGAAAAUUUGAGCAAAUGGGGAAGGCUUAUGUAGUUAGUCAAAUAUUACAAAGUAAUUUUUCCUUGCCUCUAAAAUCAACCUGUCAUGUGUUUGGAAAGUUUUUCAUUUACAGCAAUCUUAAGUCCAGAAUGGUGUAGAAGCCAGUCUUUGUAUUUCAAAAGCAGUUUUGGGCCCUAGCUUCAUUUAUGAAAGCUUGUGCAUUAGCUCUGUAGUUCAAUGAUGAUGCAGGCUUUGUUUACAGAAGUUGCACAUGACUUGUGCCUGUUAUAAGCAAGUCAUUUUCAAGCUGUGUACAGGCAACUAAUGUCCCAGUUAUACUGCAUGUUGGUGAUUGAAUCCUUCCACCACAUGGAUGCCAGAUGUGCAAUAAAGUGCUGGCAUCAAAUAACCUGGCAUUGAAGUGCCUGCAUGACCAUACUAUUGCAUGUGGCACCCAAUUUGGUUUUCCAAACUACCUUUCCUUUUGGUAUUCAAGCAGAUGUGUUGGCUCAGAAGCCAAGCACUGUCUGCUGGUACCACAAGUGCAUCAUUCAUCAAUUCCACCUACACAUUACCACAAUGCAUUAUAACUGGGCUGUAUAUUGUAUCACAGUGAGAAUGUAGCAUUGGCUUAUUGCAUGGACUGCACAUCUUGGCAGUGUGUACAUGUUGAACAGUAGAAAUUGCAAUAUACUUGCCUGAAGCUGAUGUAUUUUUUAAAUUUUAUUGGAAGAUGUGAUGUAUAAAGUAUUUGUAUUUUUUAAUCCAGUACUAAGAUGUGUAGUGUGAUCAGAAUCUUGACAAUUUUAUCUAAGCUGUGAUCUUGAUUACUGUCCAAACUUGCAAUAACUCUGCACAUUUAACCACAGUACACAGGAGCUUGUUUUUUGACAAACUACAGUAUUUAUGCUUUUUUAAUCUUGGGUAUGUAAUUUGUACAGAAUUAUAUUUAUGUAAUGCAUAUAAUCAUGCUAGUUGGCAUUUAUGCAAAAGGAUGUAAAUAAAGAAUAGGUUUAUUGGCA